UAAAAAAUCUUUAGCUUGUAAGUGAGAUUAUUACAGAUGCGAAAAUCGGAAAAAUAUUAAUUUUCAAUUAAUUUAACACUAAAAAGUGGUUCAAAAUGUUGGUGUUAUUUGAAACUCCAGCUGGAUAUGCUAUUUUUAAGUUACUUGAUGAAAAUAAGUUAGCGGAAGUAGAUAACCUUUUUCAAGACUUUGAAACGCCGGAAACUGCUAGUAAAAUAGUUAAGUUAAAACAUUUUGAAAAAUUUGCUGAUACCACAGAAGCUUUAGCAGCUACUACAGCUGCUGUAGAAGGUAAACUUUCUAAAUCGUUAAAGAAGAUCCUAAAGAAAUAUUGCUUUGAGCUUCAGGAACAAUUAGCUGUUGCUGAUGCUAAAUUGGGAAAUGCCAUAAAAGAUAAACUGAGUUUAUCUUGCAUUAGUAAUACUGCUAUACAAGAAUUAAUGAGAUGUAUUCGAAGUCAAAUAGAUGGCUUACUUGCUGGUCUUCCAAAAAAAGAAAUGACAGCUAUGGCAUUAGGUUUAGCACACAGUCUAUCUAGAUACAAGCUCAAAUUUUCACCCGAUAAAAUUGACACUAUGAUCGUACAAGCUGUUUGUUUAUUGGAUGAUUUAGAUAAAGAAUUAAAUAAUUAUGUCAUGCGUUGUCGCGAGUGGUAUGGUUGGCAUUUUCCAGAACUUGGAAAGAUAGUUACGGACAAUGUAGCAUUUGUGAAAACAGUAAAAAUUAUAGGAACUAGAGAAAAUACAGUAAAUUCAGAUUUAUCUGAUAUAUUACCAGAAGAUGUAGAAGAAAAAGUAAAAGAAGCUGCUGAGAUAUCUAUGGGAACUGAAAUUUCUGAUGAUGAUAUUUUGAAUAUUCAACAUUUAUGCGAUCAAGUUAUUGAAAUUUCUCAAUACAGAUCACAAUUAUAUGAUUAUCUCAAAGCAAGAAUGAUGGCAAUGGCCCCAAACUUAACAGUUCUUGUUGGAGAAUUAGUAGGAGCUCGCUUAAUUUCACAUGCUGGUUCAUUAAUCAACCUUGCUAAACAUCCAGCCUCCACUGUACAAAUACUUGGUGCAGAGAAAGCUCUUUUCCGGGCAUUAAAAACGAAGAAAGAUACUCCAAAAUAUGGUCUAAUUUAUCAUGCACAACUUGUUGGACAAGCUUCGGUUAAAAACAAAGGGAAGAUGUCUAGAAUGCUGGCAGCCAAAGCUGCACUAGCAACUAGGGUAGAUGCGUUAGGAGAAGACAGUAAUUUCGAUCUUGGAGCUGAACAUAAAGUUAAAUUGGAAGCCCGUUUGAGAAUAUUAGAAGAGGGAAAUCUUCGUAGAAUCAGUGGAACAGGUAAAGCGAAAGCAAAGUUUGAGAAAUAUCAGAGUAAAAGUGAAUAUCUACAGUAUCCUGCAUCUGCCGACACAACUCUUCCAAGUAUCAAAAGACGACAUUCAGAAAUUGAAGAUAAAAAGCCACUAAGUGAAGAUAAAAAACCACUAAUUGAAGAAAUCAUGACAAAACAGGAUGAAGAAGUUCCCAAGAAAAAGAAGAAAAGACAAAAUACUGAGAGUGCAGACGAAUCAAUGAUUCACCAAGACGCAAUUCAAAUAAAAGUAGAAGAUGAAAUUACUCCAGUAACAAAGAAGAAAAAGAAGAAGGCUAAAGUAGAAAUAUCCGAAGAAGCUUCUACAUCAGUUACGGAAGACCAACAAUUAGAAGUCUCUCAAACAUUUGAUGAAGCAUCUGAAGUAACAGAGGAACAAACAAAGAAAAAGAAGAAAAAAAUUAAACAAGAAGUAGAAAAUGAAGAUGUUGAAAAAAGUGAAGAAACUACACUUUUUAGUAGCGACACAGUCUCAAGCGAAAAGAAAAAGAAAAAAAAGAAAAAAUCUCAAGAUGAGUAAAUUUGUAUAACUAAUAUGUUUAUAAAGAAAUAACAUUUUAUGAAUUGUGGUUCAUUUAUUACUA